AUGAGACCACUGCUUCUCCUCUGUUUGGCUUUGCCUGGCCUCCUGUGUGCCCAGCAAGCCUGCUCCCGUGGGGCCUGCUAUCCUCCUGUUGGGGACCUGCUCAUUGGCAGAACCCGGUUUCUCCGAGCUUCAUCCACCUGUGGACUAACCAAGCCUGAGACUUACUGCACCCAAUAUGGCGAGUGGCAGAUGAAAUGCUGCAAGUGUGACUCCAGGCUGCCGCACAAUUACAACGGUCACCGAGUGGAGAACGUGGCUUCAUCCUCGGGCCCCACACGCUGGUGGCAGUCACAGAACGAUGUGAGCCCUGUCUCCCUGCAGCUGGACCUGGACAGCAGAUUCCAGCUGCACGACAUCAUGAUGGAUUUUAAGGGGCCCAUGCCUGCUGGCCUGCUGAUUGAGCGCUCCUCUGACUUUGGCAAGACUUGGCGGGUGUACCAGUACCUGGCUGCCGACUGCACCUUGGCCUUCCCCCGUGUCCGCCAGGGCCAGCCUCAGAGCUGGCAGGAUAUUCGGUGCCAGCCCCUGCCCCAGAGGCCGAAUGGGCAUCUAAAUGGGGGGAAGGUCCAGCUCAACCUGAUGGAGUUAGCAUCUGCCAUUCCAGCUACUCAAAGUAAAAAAAUUCAAGAACUAGGUGACAUCACCAACCUGAGAGUCAACUUCACCCAGCUGGCCCCUGUGCCCCAGCGGGGCUACCACCCUCCCAGUGCUUACUUCGCCGUGUCCCAGCUGCGGCUGCAGGGCAGUUGCUUCUGUCAUGGCCAUGCUGACCGCUGCACCCCCAGGCCUGGAGCCCCUGCUGGCCCCUCCACUGCUGUGCAGGUCCACGAUGUGUGCGUUUGCCAGCACAACACUGCUGGCCCCAACUGCGAGCGCUGCGCACCCUUCUACAACAACCGGCCCUGGAGGCCCGCCGAGGGCCAGCACGCCCAUGAAUGCCAACGGUGUGACUGCAACGGGCACUCCGAGACCUGUCACUUUGACCCUGCUGUGUUCGCCGCCAGUCAGGGCACACACGGAGGUGUGUGUGACAACUGUCGGGACCACACGGAGGGCAGGAACUGUGAGCGGUGUCAGCUGCACUACUUUCGGAACCGGCGUCCGGGUGCUCCCAUCCAGGAGAGCUGUAUCCCCUGCGAGUGCGAUCCAGAUGGGGCUGUGCCAGGAGCCCCUUGCGACCCAGCCACCGGGCAGUGUGUGUGCAAGGAGCAUGUGCAGGGAGAGCGCUGUGACUUGUGCAAGCCGGGCUUCACCGGGCUCACGCACACCAACCCGCAGGGCUGCCACCGCUGUGACUGUAGCAUCCUGGGAGCCCGGCAGGACAUGCCCUGCGACGAGGAGAGCGGGCGCUGUCUGUGUCUGCCCAACGUAGUUGGCCCCAAGUGUGACCAGUGUGCCCCCAACCACUGGAAGCUGGCCAGCGGCCGUGGCUGCGAACCGUGUGCAUGCGACCCGCGUUACUCCCUCAGCCAGCAAUGCAACCAGUUCACAGGCCAGUGCCCCUGCCGGGAAGGGUUCGACGGCCUGACGUGUAGCGCUGCGGCCAUUCGCCAGUGUCCGGAUGGCACCUACGGAGACGCGGUGACCGGAUGCCGAGCCUGUGACUGUGAUUUCCGGGGAACCGAAGGCCGAGGCUGUGACAGAGUGUCCGGCCGCUGCCUGUGCCGCCCCGGCCUGACAGGACGUCGCUGCGACCAGUGCCAGCGUGGCUACUGUGACCGCCACCCGGUGUGUGUGGCCUGCCACCCUUGCUUCCACACCUACGAUGCCAACCUCCAGGAGCAGGCCCUGCGCCUGGGCAGCCUCCACAACGCCACUGCCAGCCUGGGGUCCAGGCCAGGCCUGGAGGACCAGGGCCUGGCCUCUCGGCUCUUGGAUGCCAAGAGCAGGAUGGAGCAGAUCCAGGCAGUGCUGGGCGGUGCCCUAGUCUCAGAGCACGACGUGUCACAGGUGGCCAAUGGCAUCUUCUCCAUCAGGCAGAGUCUUCAGGGUGUGCAGCUGGACCUGCCGCUGACUGAGGAGCUGCUGUCUUUCCCGGGAGACUUGGAAAGCCUGGACAGGAGCUUCCAGCACCUCCUUGUCCUGUAUCAGAACAGGAGGGAGCAAUUUGAAAAACCAGCUAGCACGGAUCCUUCAGGAGGCUUCCACGUGCUGACUGAAGCUUAUAAGCGUUCGGCCCAGGCUGCCCAGCGGGUGUCCGACAGUUCCAGCUUGUUGAGUCAACUCAGAGAAAACCGGAGAGAGGCUGAGAGACUGGAGUGGCAGGCAGGGAGUGGAGGGGCUGCCAGCAGCCCCCAGCUUGAGGCCCUGCGCCUGCAGGUGGCCGCCUUGCCUGACCUGACACCCACCAUCAACAAGCUCUGUGGUGGCUCCAGACAGACGGCCUGCACCCCAGGAGCAUGCCCCGGCGAGCUGUGCCCUCGCGACAACAGCACAGCCUGUGGCUCCCACUGCACAGGUGCCCUCCCCAGGGCGGGCGGGGCCUUGCGGACGGCAGGGCAGGUGGCCGAACAGCUGCGACGCUUCAACGCCCAGCUCCAGCAGACCAGGCAGAUGAUAAGGGCAGCGGAGGAGGCCGCCUCGCAGGUGCAGUCCGACGUGCAGCGCCUGGAAACCCAGGUGAGCAGCAGCCGCUCCCAGAUGGAGGAAGGUCUCAGCCGCACCCGGCUCCUCAUCCAGCAGGUCCGGGACUUCCUCGCAGAUCCCGACAACGACGCAGCCAGCAUCCAGGAGAUGAGCGAGGCUGUGCUGAGCAUGUGGCUGCCCGCAGACUCGGCCACCGUGCUGCAGAAGAUGCGUGAGAUCCAGGCCAUUGUGACCAGGCUUCCCAACGUGGAUCUGGUGCUGUCCCAGACCAAGCAGGACAUUGAGCGGGCCCGCAGGCUGCAGGCUGAGGCUGAGCAGGCCAGGAGCCAAGCCCAUGCCGUGGAGGGGCAGGUGGAGGACGUGGUCGGACACCUGCGACAGGGCACCGCGGGGCUACAGGAAGCACAGGUCACCAUGCAAGGCACUGGCCGCUCCCUCCGGCUCAUCCAGGAGAGGGUUGCUGAGGUUCAGCAGGUCUUGGGACCGGCAGAAGUGCUAGUGACAGGCAUGACAGGCCAACUGGGUGACUUCCAGGCGCGGAUACAGAAACUUCGGCUCCAGGCCCAGCAGCAGCGGGCACAGGCAACCCGGGCUCAGCAGCUCGCAGUGGGAGCCAGCCAGCAGGCACUGAGUGCCCAAGAGGGAUUUGCGCAACUCCAGCAGAAAUACACAGAGUUGAAGGGUCGUUUGGGUCAGAGUUCCAUGCUGGGUGAGCAGGGCAACCGGAUCCUGAGUGUCAAGACAGAGGCGGAGGAGCUGUUUGAAGAGACUGUGGAGAUGAUGGACAGAAUGAGAGACAUGGAGUCGGAGCUGCUGCGGGGCAACCAGGCCAUUGUGCUGCGCUCAGCGGACCUGGCAGGGCUGGAGAAACGCGUGGAGCAGAUCCGGGACCACAUCAGUGAGCGUGUGCUCUAUUAUGCCACCUGCAAGUGAGGCCUGCCCUUCUGUCCGCCUCCCUGGCCUUCUGCCCCUCUCCAUUCCACCUCCCACCACCACCACGUGGCUCCUGGGGAGCAGCAGGCUGGGAUGAUUUCUGGCUCCUGGAACCGCCCGGAGCAGAGCCUAGACCUCCGUUGGUGUGUGGCUGUUUGGUGACCUUGGGCUACAGCUGAGCCUGAGCUGGCGGGACCCCCAUGUUGGCAAGAUGUACUUGCUGCUGUGACCAUGACCUGGGAAUUUUCAAGUCCAGAGGGGCUGGGCAGGGCAGAGUCGUUACCCUCUGAUCUGUUGUGGCUGAAUCCUGGACA